AUGUCUACAAUCACAAAGCUUUCCCACCACGAGUGCAGUAUCUGCCACAAAUGCUACACAAACAAGAAACUUGUAGCCAAGUGUGAAGUUCAGUGCCUAGAAAAAGUUUAUAAAGAGAUAAAUAACAUCCAAAGUUCCUCAACCUUGGAAGAAAGCACCAACAUGAGCAUUGACAAGAAUAUUACUCCUUCCUAUGAUAUUGAAUAUGAGAAUUCUAUGGAAAAUGAUUUGGCAAUCAUGGAUGUUACUGAAAAUGCUAUUGACAAUACUCCUUCUCAGUUGGUCUAUGACUUUAGUGCUCCUGUUCCUGUUUCUGGCUAUGACAAUGCAAAGAAUCUCAAGCUUAUGAAGAUUAUCAAGGAUACGUCAAACAAGAUUUUGUACAGAGCUUGCUCUUCUUAUCUUGGUACCAAGCUUCUUUCUCGAUUUCUUGGUGUCCAUGAGGAGACAUACCACGUUUGUUGCAAUGGGUGUAUGCUGUACAACAACAAUCAGCAAACGGAGUGCCCGCAUUGUGACGAAGCCCAUUACAAGACCAGCGAGAGAAGUCAAGAUGCUGGUGAGAAUCCAAUUCCUGCCAGCACAAUGAUACCUCUUCCUCUGGGUAGACAGCUUGCAGCUGCUUUGGCCAACGACUGCACCAGAAAAGAGAUGCUGUAUUGCCACCAUCAUACGCAGAAGGCUGAUAGCAACAUUUCUGAUGUCUUUGACAAACAGGCAUAUCAGUCAAAGAAACAUCUUUUCUCGGGUGAAAACAACAUCAUCAUUUUGCUGUCUGUUGAUGGGUUUGCUCCCCAUUGUGUUCUGGGUUUGGUAACCAUUGUCCACGUUACUACCCUCAACCUUCCCCCAAUGAUCUGCUACGAGCACAGCCAUAUGAUCCAAGUCACAAUCAUCCCUGGUCCCAAAGCACCCGCAACUUCUGGUCAUGCCUGGAGCCUGUUCUGA